GAUUAAACAAGUUUGAUGAUUAUGUGAAUUCAUAAUAAAGACGAUAUUUCAAGUAUUAUAAACAUUGUUGGAAUGAAACCAAAAAGAUGUCAUUUCCAGCUCCCUAAAUUUGGUUUAGUAAAAUGCGACCACCAGAUACUCGCCAAGUUGCGCCACCUAGAGCUGGGAAACAAUUCGAAGAUGAGCUCCAACUCCACUAUUUGGCACCGGGAGCCUUCACCGUAUUACCGCCAGAUAAUAGAAGAAGACCGGAUCCUCCGCCCGCACCUGAACAGUACAGAUAUGUGCCGAGUCAAAGACGGAACAAGAACCAAGCAUUCGCUAUCAUAGCAGAUUCUGAUUCAAGUAGGCCCGCGUCGAGAAGCUCAUCACCUUCCGGUCGAAUAAGUCCUUUUAAAGGACGAGGAUUCAAUCCAAUCGGGUCUAGACAUGCUUCACCAAUGCACUCUCCCCCUCCGCCGCCAGAGGAUGUACGACUUAGUCCUCAAACGAUGUCUCCAAAACAUACCGUUUCCAAAAUUCCUCAGCUUAGAAGGAAAAAUAGUACAGCGGCUUUCGGCGAGAAAAUAAUUCAUCAGGAAAAUCCAUCAACAUCGAGGAUUACCAGGAGGUUAAGUCAGAGUAUGUCGAAUUUGGAUACAACAGAAACGCAACAACAACAACAACAACAACAACGUGGAAGACCUCCGCCUAGUCCAAAUUCAAGAAAACAGGGUAAACAACCUGCAUUUCAGAGACUCUCACCAAUCGUAGGUAGUUCUCCUGAACCAAGCGUUGGAACCCCAUCUAGAAUACCACGAAGUAAAAGUACCCCUCCGAGUAGAAGAACGUCUCCGCAAAGAGCACAAUAUAAACGUCCAAGCAAACCUCCUCCAUCGAAAACUUCUCUUCUGAGGAGCCAAUCAAAACCCAAACUGAAUACUGCCAGCAGGGAACCGAGCCCAACUAAAGACGUUGCCUCACCAACUAGAAACUCUUCAAAAAAAUAUAGAGACGUUCCAGCUAAAGUUAACUCUUUUAGUAAACCUAAACCAAAAGUGCUUCCUAAACCUCAAGUGCUAAGUGAACAGUCUGAAGAUUCCGAUGUUCCAAAAUAUAAAAAUAAAACUCCAUUAAAUAGAAAAGAGAGUGACACUAGAAUACGAACUGAUUCUCAUUCUAAUAUAUUGCCAAAAACAGGAAAUAUCGUUAAUAAUACUUACAGUAGUGAUAGUUCUACAAGUACAGUAACAAAUAAAAAUUCUAAAAAUAUUAAUAAUAAUAAUAAUAACAAUAAUAUAGUUGAUACUUCUGGUAAUAAUAAUACAACUACAGAUGAUAACGUAACAAAUAAAACUGAUAAUAUUAGUGAUGUUAAUAAUAAAACUACGAACGGAGUUUCUUUAUCGGAUUCAGACAAUAACAUUGAUAAUAAUGAUAGUUCCAAUAAACCUCGACAUCUUCAAACACCAUUUUCAACAAAUCAAGUAAUUAUACCAUCAGCUACAACCGUUGUGUCUAAUACCACUACAACUGUUACCCAACCGUUGAAGAUUGAAACCAAUUUGAAUAAACUGCCUCAUUAUUACGAAGAAUCCAGAAACAUAUCACCGAUGGUAGAUGGAAGGGUUCUUAGUGCCACUAGCGUCACACACGCCAUUAACAAAAUGAACGAUACCGUAUUAGAUACCCAAACUUUGAUAAAAGAUAGUGGAUUUUCGAAAUUAUCGCCAGCGGCUAGUGCUAUAAUAUCCAUGGCUAACGAAAAUAGAAUCAACAACCCCGCAUUGGAUACUAAAAAUGCCACAAAUGCUUUACCGACAGUAGAACCUUCAUUGAAAUCCGUAGAAAACUCCAUACAGAAUAAGACUAAUCACACCAACCAUGUCAUGCACGUUAUGAGUUCGAGAGAACUGGAAGAAGAAGUACAACGACACAUGCAUAAAUUAUUAACUCCCGAACAUAAGUUAACGAAACCAGUUGAUGAUAAAACGAAAGAAGCUAGAACAGUAGUGGCCUCUGAUGUUAAACCCAUCCGGAUAACCGUUAGAGAGAAACCGUCAGAUAGUGAAGUAUUGAGUGGAAAUGUCAGAAUACCCGCGAUAAAUGGAAUUAGCGAACGACCAGGUUUGCCUCCGGGUCAAGCUACACCGCCAAAUGAACCUGAAAAGGAACCUCCACCGAAAAAUGCGUGUUCCAGAUUCUUCACAAACUGCAGUUCUAAGAUGUGCGGUUGCUGUAAAAUAAAUUCUAAAUCAAAGACUGAUGCUAGUUGCUUCAAUUGCUUUAAGAGGAAACAAGCACCCGCUUCCAUUGUUGUUGAAGAUGAAACUGAGAAGAAACCUAAACUUAUUGAAAGAUUGAACUGUUUUAAGAAGCAAAAAGUUGGAGACGCUUCAUCGUGCUUUCCAGUUGGAAAGAGGAAAGAAAGUUGGGUGGAGAGAGCUGAUAGUCUAUCCCAUCCAGCAAGGAAUAAAUGUUCGAAACAAUGCUGCAAGAACUUCAUGGCAACAAUAUGUUGUAUGAAUUUGUGCAGAAAAAAUAAACCACUCGAAGUGCCCGAAAGAAAAGCUUCCAUAAUUAGUAAGAAAAAAAGUUUAACACCGACUACCGCUCCUCCUCCGGAGGAUGUUCGUCCAAAGAUAGAUUUGAGUUUGGUUGAGCACUCUUCACAUAUGAAAGGGGCUAUCCCAAUUCUUCCAAUCUGCCUUGCUUGGUUCUGUUUAAUUCUCAAUUGUAUUGGUCCAGGAUCAGGAACUAUUAUCAGCGGAAUACUUAAUCUAUGUAUUGGAAUACCGAGGUUUUCCCAAAAAGACGGACCCAGGCCAAGAAUAGGAGCUUUCAUCAUCAAUCUGAUCAUAGGCGUCAGCCAGUGUUUCACAGUUCUAUUUUGUUUAGUGGGAUGGGGAUGGUCCAUUUGGUGGGGUAUAAUAAUGAUUAAAAUAGCAAGAAAACAUAAACGUUUCAAGCAACUACAAGCUGUAGAAGAAGCAGCUACAGUACCUGGAACAACUUCAAAUCCUCGACAACGGGACCUAACAAAACGUUGA